CAACCUUCCCGCCGCUUUACGCAUCUGCCUCAUGCAUCUUCCCCAACCGCCCACCUGUUCGCCGCCCACGACAUCCUCCUCCGUGCGCGCCCCCUUUACCCUCGCGCCUCGACAACCGUGAGACACUCAUUUAUCAAGACCUUCUUCCCCGAAACAUCCAGAGAACGGCCGCAGGGCCCCCUUCGCGCUCGUCGCAGCCAUGUCGUACGACCAGCUCUCCAGCCUCGAGUCGGGCAACCGCCGCGGCGGCUACACCGACGACCCAGCAUUCCAAGACCUCCAGUACGAGCUCAAGGGCAAGCUGCAGUCGCUGCUGAGCGGCAACCGCAAGCUCGCCAAUGAUGUCAACGUCCUCGGCACGAAGAAGGAUACGCCGCGCCUACGCGAGCGUGUGCACAGCAGUAUGGAGAAGUCGCGCGAGCUGUGCCGCGAGAUUGGCGAGGGCGUCAAGCGUCUGCAGUCGUGGGACGAGCUAUCUAAGCAGCAAAAGUACGAGCAGACCAAGGUCUCGAGCGACUUCCAGGCCGCCUUGCAGGAAUUUCAAGGUCUCCAGCGCAAGGCACUCGAGAAAGAAAAGGCGUCCGUCUCGGCUGCGCGCGCCGCGCACGAUGCAGAGGCAGGCCAUGCCGAGGGUCAGGGCGGCGCGCCGCUCGAGCAACUCCAGCAGCAGCAGCAGGUCUCGCAGCUGGCCCCGCAGGACGAGGUCGACUUCCAGGAAAGCCUCAUCAUCGAGCGGGAAGAGGAGAUUCGGAACAUCGAACAGGGCGUUGGCGACCUGAACGUGCUGUUCCGACAGGUGGCGCAGAUUGUCGACGAGCAAGACGUCGGCAUCCGCACCAUCGCCGACAACGUGGAGAAUGUGCAGGACAAUACUCGCCAGGCCGACAUCGAGACCCGGCAGGCCGCCCGAUAUCAAAAGGCAGCGCGCAACAAGAGCUGCUGCCUGCUCCUCAUCCUCGCCGUCAUUCUCACGAUUGUCAUUUUGGCCAUUGUCCUGGGUUAGCCGUGGUGCGCUGCUUCAGCCAGAGCCUCUUUGUCUAUUUCAUUACAGCAAACCGCGUGGGCGUUUGUAGGAGUUCUAUAUGUAUACAGCAUGAUGAGUAUGUACACGAGGGUCGGGCCCUCCGUCGAGACGACCAAUCCGCAUUGCGCAAUGCAAGCCUAUUCACUUCUUUCUGAUGGACUUUUUGUCAUGGCGCCACGUAGAUACGGCAGCGCCGGCGCUGCCUUGGGCCCUAGCUUGAGCUUGGGUGCCGGUUUCGGCACGAGCCUUUGAAUAAUGGAUUCGUUGACAUCG